GUUCAGCGAAGUGACACGAACGCACCCUACCGUUGAUCUGGUGAACCACACGUACGCCGAGUAUGUUGGCUGGACGCUCAUGGCUGUGGGAAUGCUGCUGGUAGCAAGCAGCUUUUACCGGCUUGGAUUCAUGGGAACGUACAUGGGCGAUUACUUCGGCAUCCUGUUGGAUGAGAAGCUGACCGGAUUUCCGUUCAACGUCGUCGACAAUCCGAUGUACUGGGGAUCGACGCUGAACUUCCUGUCCAUUGCCGUCAU